AGCGCUGCCUGAGUGUAUUAAAACCACUCUGUACAUUUAUUUGAGGGUUCAUCUGUUUAUUUCAUAUGUUGUUCGUUUCAGAACGUGUUUAUGCCGCAUAGAAAGACAGAGUGACGAUAAAAUCGAUCGCUAAAUUGAAAAGCUUCUGCAAGAUCUGAGUAAAAUAAAGAACAAAUUCAGUUUUAAACGCUUUUUCUUUGUACUUAAAUCCCUAACACACUUUCAACCAGGGGAGAGUGUUCAGUUGUAAAGUAAACUGAUAUGUUUCCUAUGAAUUAAACAUUUAUACCGUAGCAUCAUUUUACAAAGGGGUUUGUCUGGUUCGUUGUUUUAAAGUGUAGCAUAGAAGGAAAUGGCUGGCGGCAACGCGCAGGUUGAUAUCAACCAGAUCGAGCUAAUACUCGUGCACGUAAAUUGGCAACAAAACGUAUUGUGUGACGUCUUUAAGAGCGACGAAAACAGAAGUCGUUUAUCUCUAUAAACUUGUGAGCAGUAAACUGGAAGCAGUGGAAAAUCCUGUUUUAUCAUAUGACUCAGGAGCACAGGCAAGGAAGAAGCAGCUGCCCUUUGCUGUGACACCAAGAUGGAUGUGAAAGAGGACAUGUGUGAGGCUGGUAUAUAUACUGUGGAGAAAAUGACUCUGAGUAUUAAGGAGGAGGACAGUGGAUGGGAGUCUGUCCUGUCUAACCAGGAGAGUCUAAGUAUUAAGGAUGAGGAUUAUGAAUUGGUAACUGUAGGUGUAAAAGAAGAAGCAGAAGAGACCUCAUCUAUCAGCAUUGAGAUGCAUAAGCAAAAAAUAAUGGCAAGUGUCAAGAAAGAUGAUACCUAUUCAGAGCUGGCUCUUCAUUUUGGGUGUCAAGAUAAAGUAGUGACUGGGUUAGUCUCUUCUCAAAGCAGACAUUGCUCAUCUCCAGAGCAUUCUAUCAAUGUGCGGUCUGAAUCCUUGCAGUCUGACACCAAGAUGAUAGAGGACGUUUCUCUAGAUAAAAUUCAGGAAGAGCAGACACCAGCUACAAAUUAUCCUGGAGGAAGAGGCAGACCUCAUUGUUCUGAAUGUGGCAAGGAAUUCUGCAAUAAGGGUACUCUUCGGAGACACAUUAGAGUUCACACUGGAGAGAAGCCAUUUUGCUGCAAUGAAUGUGGAAAACGAUUUUCAUCAAAAAGCAAUCUUCAAACACAUAUAAGAAGUCACACUGGUGAGAAACCAUUUUGCUGUUCUGAUUGUGACAAACAAUUUUCACUGAAGAGGAGUCUUCGUAGGCACACAGCAGUACACACUGGAGAGACGCUGUACUGUUGUUCUGAAUGUGGUAAACAAUUUUCACAAAUAAGACUUCUCCAGAUCCACAGAAGAAUUCACAAAAGAGAGAAGAGAUUCUGUUGCCCCAAGUGCAGCAAACAGUUUUCAUUAAAGAGCAAUCUUCAGACCCACACACGAAUUCACACUGGAGAGAAGCCAUACUGCUGUAAUGAAUGUGGCAAACAAUUUUCACAUGCAGUCAGCCUUCAUAUUCACAUGGUAACUCAUACAGGAGAGAAGCCACACUGCUGUUCUGAUUGCGGCAAACGAUUUUCAGCAAAAAAGACUCUUCAGACCCACAUAAGAAUUCACACUGGAGAGAAACGUUGCUGCUGUUCUGAAUGUGGCAAACAGUUUUUGCAUAUGAGCCAUCUUAAGAGACACACAAGAGUUCAUACAGGGGAGAAACCACACAGCUGUAAUAAAUGUGGCAAACAAUUUUCUGACAGUAGUACUCUUCGAAGGCACUCUAAAAUUCACUGUCGAGAAAAGCCCUGAAGGACUAAGUUGGAGAAUAAUGAAUUAAGGAAGAGAGAAAAGAGUUCAGACUAACCUUCUGAACUCCAAGUGUUGAUGAUUAACCUCACAAGGUGGGAUCAUUUUGUAAGAUCCAGGCGAAGCCCUAAAGGAAUAUGUCAGAGGUUAAAGAAGUGAGGAAAGAGUCCAAAAAUAACCACCCUAUCUCAUCAAACCUUCAUAAAGUUGUUUUUAUUUUGUAAGAUCUAUGCAAAAUCUCUUCCAGGUAAAACUACUCUUAUAAUAUGUAAGGAUCUACUGUAUCUUGCUUGUCACAUAUUUCCCUAAAUAAAAAUGUGCCACUCCCUGCCUCUUCACUAGGAUAGGUGAGGGUGGUGCAAAAUCUUAAGAUAAAAAAAUCAUCUCCUGUGUUGUGACAGUUCAGAGGGACUGUGUUAUUGGCCUCGCCACAACAGU